AAUUUGCAUACUCACAUCUUGUCAAGUUUGUUAAUCUUUUUCAUCCUUUCUCAACUUCUUACUUUCUCAAUUCAACUCUGUAUUUCAUUCCCAGAAUCCCAGUGAUCUGCUAGCUAGCUCUGAGAUUUGGAGUGUGAAUAAUGAAGAAAGCUAAGAGGUGGCUGAAAAGCUUGUUGGGGAUGAAGAAGGACAAUGAAUACUCUGCUGACAUGAAGAUGAAGAGACGCUGGAGUUUUGGCCGGCGACGGCUGAACAGGGAGGAGGAUUCAACAAUUGCGGUGGAGAAUGAGUUUCCGGUGGUGGUGGUUGACUCGCCGUGGCUGAUGAGAUCUUACUAUAUUCCGGGCGGUUCAGAGAAGCAGAACAAGCAUGCCAUUGCGCUGGCUGCCGCGCGGGCUACUGCAGCGGUGGCGGAACUCACCGGCGGCGGAGGAAAGGGCAAUGGGAUGAAGAGGGAGACGCGGGCUGCUGUCAAAGUUCAAACAAUCUUCAGGGGAUUUCUGGCUAGGAAAGCUUUGAGAGCACUAAAAGGAAUAGUGAAAUUACAAGCAUUGGUCAGAGGUUAUCUGGUUCGGAAAAGAGCAGCCGCCACUCUAUACUGUAUGGAAGCUCUCAUCAGAGCUCAGGCCGCCGCUCGAUCAGAAAGAGCUCGCCGUCGUCUCUCAUCAAUCUCCACUAACAGCGACUCCAGAACCUGCUGGAGGAGCAGAACAGGCGUAUCUGAUCCGGGCGAUGAUCAUUACCUCCCGCCGUGUCUGGCUCCGGGCCGGUUAUCCAUCCCGGACGACCACCGCAGCCGUUUAUGCGAUUCCGAGUGGAGCCUUCUCGGCGGCAAGGAGUGCAAUUUCCCGCCGGCCCACAUCACGCCGCGGCGAAAUAGGCCGUCCGGGAGGAGAAGUCCGCCACCAACACUGGCGCCGGCAAAGAUCGCCGGCGGGGAUAGCCCGUUCCGGCCGUAUCCCGGUUCCCCGAGUUACAUGGCAAACACAGAGUCCUUUAACGCGAAGCGAAGGUCUCAGAGCGCGCCCAAGCAGAGGCCGGAGCCGGUAAAAAAGAGGUUUUCUUUGAGUGAAAUGAUGGCGGCAAGGAGCAGCUUCAUUCGCGGCGGCGGCGGCGGUGUUAGAAUGCCGCCCAAGUCUCCUUGUUAUCUUGUUCAAGAAGAGUAUUGCUAUUUGGGGUUUUGAAGGUUCUUUUGUUAAUCCAUUCGUCCAUUCUUUUGAAGAGUAUUCCCUCUGCCUUUUGGCCUAGAAUGAAUGGUAUUUCGUCCUAGCUUGUACAAGAAAGUGAAUGGAUGAGUUCUCUUAAAAAAAAGUAGGGGGGGCAAAAAUACCGAAUCGACAUGGUACCAGACCGGUAUGGUACCGGAUCGAUAAAAGGGGUUUAAAACGGAUCUCAAAUUUUUUUUUCCUGAACCGGACGGUACCGAUUACAAGCAAUUUCAUGACGGGUUCUCAUAAAAUGAGAACCGGUACCGGACCGAAGUAUGAUUUAAUUAUUUAAAUUUGUACUACUAUAAUCUAUCUGAAUUUUA